UCUCUCUCUCUCUCUCUCUCUCUUUCUCUCUUUCUCCCUUAACUCCUUCUCUGCCUGUUCAUGUUAUUGUGGUGCUUGUCCUUGGCAGUGAAACGACAACAAGCCGAGCAGCCAAUCAGAGAGCAGGAUUUAGACUGGAUCAUGGUGCACUGUGGUGCGGGGGACAGAUAGCUGAUGUAAACAUGCCUGAAGUUCCAUCUGCAGAGAGCUCGAGCGAGCAGCAGCCGGAAAACACGCCGAGGAAAAGAACGUUAGAGAACACAGACGAUUACACAGCAAAAAAGAAACCACGCUGCUGGGGUAUUUUAACUAGCCAAGGGUCAUGGGCGGACCGGUCUCCUCUCCACGAGGCAGCGUGUCAGGGCCGUCUCCUGGCCCUCAGGACCCUACUCUCACAGGGUUACAACGCAAACAUCCCUACCAUAGACCAUGUGACGCCGUUGCAUGAGGCUUGCCUGUCAGACCACGCGUCAUGCGCCAAGGCGCUUAUUGCAGCUGGUGCCAAUGUAAAUGCCACCACCAUUGAUGGGGUGACGCCACUGUUCAAUGCCUGCUCAGUGGGCAGUGCCAGCUGUACAGAGGUACUGCUGGAAAACGGAGCCAGGCCUCAGUCAGAGAUGUGCCAGCCCUCGCCCAUACACGAAGCUUCCAGCAAAGGCAGAAUUGCUUGUCUGGAGGCACUGAUCACAUGGGGAGCAGACGUGGAUUAUGAUAUUCCUCACCUAGGAACCCCCUUGUACAUCGCCUGCAUCUCCUCAGGACUCCAGUGCACACAGAAACUCCUCGAUGGAGGGGCCAAUGUGCAGAAGGGCAGGUUCCUGGAGAGCCCGCUCCAUGCAGCAGCUCAGAAGGACUGUACUGAGGUCAUCAAUGUGUUGUUAGAGUUUGGAGCGAACAUUAACGCUAAAAACCUAGAGCUGAAGAGACCGGUGGAGUCAGCCCCACCUAACAGCUCAGCAGAGGAGACGUUACUGCUGCAUGAAGCAACACCUCCGUCACUAUGUCAGCUGUGUCGUCUCAGUAUCAGAGAUUAUAUGGGCCGAUCUCGACUACACCUCAUCCCUCAGUUACACCUCCCCAACCUUCUCAAACGCUUCCUCCAGUAUAGAUAGAACACAACGCUCUCUCUCUCUCUUUCUGUCUCUGUCUGUCUGUCUCUCUGUCUGUUGCUCUCUCCCUUCCCUCUGUUUCUCUCUGUCUUCCUCUUUCUCUCUUUUUCUAAACGAGAGCAUCGUCAUAGUAGAGGAUAUUCUUUAUCCCGUCCUCUCUCUUCCUCUCUGUUUCUCUCUCCAUCCAUCUUUAUCGUCAAGUGAAUUUUUGUAUUACUCACUGAACCUUAUUUCUUUUUAACCCAGAACCUCAAACGCACCGAAUCCCUCCCAUUCACUGACAUCUGUUUUAACAGUUUCUCUGAAGCACCUACGCAUAUGGUCAUGUAAAUGUGUAUAUUCUGUUACAUUGACCAAAACAAGAGUUUGAAUGUUCAAAAUAACUAAAUAUUAACACUGUAUAAUACUGUGUUAUUAGUCCUUGUUAAAAUGACACCCCCACUGCAGUGAUCGUUGUGAUCCCAACUUGUCAGAAAGUUGUCUGUAAAGAUGUGUAUUGGUGUAAAUCAUGUUUUUCUGCACAUUACUAUCUAAGUCAAGUUGAUCACCUUGCAUGUCACUUUGGUUUUAUAUCCAAUAUUCCUGUCCACGCCAUACGUUUAACUGCCUAAUAUUCAUUGACCCAAACAAUAAAAGGGGUCAUUGAAUCUUUAACGUAAUGUAUAACAUAGCAUAAUGUACUUUAAUGUACACAUAAUGAAUGUUAUGUCAUCUUGUUUGAAUGAGCUGCCUUUAUCCUACCAAUGAUGCAAACAAGAUAACAUCAUGUACUUUAAUGUACAGUGUUAUGUUAUCUUGUUUGCAUCAUUGGUAGCAUAUAUUUAUUUUAUUUUACCCUUAUUUUACCAGGUAGUUGAGUGAGAACACAUUCUCAUUUACAGCAACGACCUGGGGAAUAGUUUCAGGGGAGAGGAGGGGGAUGAAUGAGCCAAUUGCAAGCUGGGAGUGAUUAGGUGGCCAUGAUGGUAUGAGGGCCCCAGAUUGGGAAUUUAGCCAGGAUACCGGGGUUAACACCCCUACUCUUACGAUAAGUACCAUGGGAUCUUUAGUGACCACAGAGAGUCAGGACACCCGUUUAACGACACAUCCGAAAGACGGAUAUAUGCAGCUCAUUCAUUACACUGACAUGUGUACGUUAAAGAUUCAACGACUCCUUGUAAUUCCCUGAUAAUGUGGAAAAAGUAAAAAAAUAUUUAAAAUGAUACCCAUGAUAAUCUGUCCUAUAUGAGGCUCUUAUGCUAAUCAGAUGUACUGUGAAUAAUAUUGCAUUUCAAUUAUUUUCUUAUAUAAUAUUAGCCAACUAAUAUAUUAACGUAACCUGUAUAUGCAUAACUCUGUGAAAAAUGUACAGUAUUUUGCCAAAACUCAUUUGACAUACCUCUCAUCUGUUUCACUAUAAUAAAUAAGAAUGUUAUUCCAUGA